AUAAAUUGUAAAACGCGGAAUGAAAAUUUAUCAUUACCUCACCAGGAAUUAUCGAAUUCGCGCGAAUACCGUAGUCCGGUUAUAUAUAAUAAAAUGUUUAGAGGAAGGUUUGCUUUUACAAUUUUAAUUUUUUUCACCUUCUCCUUAGCCGUGAAAGCAAGUAAAGCUAAUAUGGAUUAUCUUGCUCGUCGAUCUGAGUUAUUGAAAAUGGAAGACGGGCUUCGAUUAGGUGCAGAGAGUUUUUCGAAGAUGAUUGCCAUUUUCUCAAUAAUUUGUCUUAAUCUUUUCACCGCUACCACAACAGCAAAUUUACCGGUUGAGAAUUCAAAAUAUUUUCAGGUUCGUGAAGAGUUAAUUCAAACAGAAGAUCAUCUUAGUACUGGUGGUGAGGUGCAAUUGAAUAGCAAAGAGAUUGAAGUCGAUAGGAUUUUUAUGAAAUACAAAAUUGAAGAAUUAAAGGAGGGUUCUCAUCAUCCGUCUAAAAAUGCCGCCGGUAUGCAUUUCUUCAAAGCGAAACCUUUAAUCGAACGCAGUAAAGUGUUUCGUUUCCUGCAGCAAAUGCCAAAGGGAGCGCUUUUGCAUUUGCACAAUACUGCUGGAGUAUCUUCUGAAUGGAUAGUCCGUAAUUUGUCUCAAUUAACGGGUUUGUUACGAUGCAUAGACCAAAGAGGUAUUAACAUAUUGACAUUUCGCGAGAAUCCGGAGAGGCAUAAAUGCACUACGCAGUAUGUGGCAGUAAACGAGGAAAGACAAAAGUCCCGGUCACAAGCAGAUUAUAAUCGCUCAUUUGAAAAUUUAAUUAAUUUAUACACCAAAAGACCUGAACUAGAAUAUCCAACAAUAAACCAUGUUUGGGAUAGAUUUCAAAAUAUGUUUUCUACAGUAAAGGAUUUUAUACAUUAUUUACCCGCCUAUAGAGUAUAUCUAUGGCGAUUGUUAAAGGAAUCGUACGACGAUAAAAUAAUUUAUGUCGAAUUACGUUUCACCACUUUUGAGUUAUACGAUCGCUUGGGUCAGGUGUAUGCUGAUGAACAUUUUUUAACUGUUAUACUGGAAGUUGUAGGCAGCUUUAGAAGCCAAUAUCCUGAUUUUCUGGGCGUUAAACUGAUUUAUGCCAUAAAUCGUCGCCUUGAGACUAACGAGGUACGCAAUCGUGUUGAAAUUUUGAAGAAAUUCCAUUUAGCUUACCCAAAUAUUAUGAUAGGUUUUGAUUUGGUAGGUCAAGAGGAUAAAGGAAAGCCGUUAACAGAUUUCAUUGAAAUUUUUAAAGAAGUGCCGGACACAAUCAAAUUUUUCUUUCAUGCUGGAGAAACUAACUGGUACGGAACGUCCACGGAUUUAAAUUUGUUUGAUGCCAUACUGCUAAAUACUACACGUAUUGGUCAUGGUUAUGCGUUAAUGAAACAUCCCAUUUUAUGGAAAGCCGUUAAGGAGCGGAACAUUGCCAUUGAAGUGUGUCCGAUAUCGAAUCAAGUUCUGCACUUAGUUUGGGAUUUACGCAAUCAUCCUGGAGCAUUUUAUUUAUCGCAAAAUAUACCUGUGGUUAUAUCUAGUGAUGAUCCAGGGUUUUGGGGUGCGAAAGGCUUAAGCUAUGAUUAUUACUACGCUAUAAUGAGCUUAGCUUCGAAUCAAAGUGGCUUAAGAACUUUGAAACAAUUAGUGUGGAAUUCGAUAAGUUAUUCUACGUUGAAUAAAACCGAAAGGGCGUUAGCCAAUGCCACCCUAAAAAGACAAUGGGAUCUUUUCCUGGAUGGCAUUCUAAAUGAAAACCAGUAAGAGGCUAAAACAAAACAAGAAAAUUAAGUUAAAAGUGCUACGGAAGCAACUUAAAAAAAGGACAAGGGCAGUGCAAUUGGCUAACGCAACCCUAAAAAUCGAUGAAAUCAAAUAUAUAUAUAUGUACGUAAUUUUUGUGUAAUACUAUUACAUAUAUUUGUAUAUAUAAAGAGUUUACAAAUUCAUAUUUCCU